AUGGAAGGAUCAGUUGCUUAUGCUGCCUGUGAGGAGGGCUACACAGGCUACCGUUUUGCUCUCUGUAGAGAUGGUCAAUAUGUUAACGAGAACACAACAAAUUGUGUUAUUCAUCACGUUUCUGUUUUGUCAUAUGGAAUAUCAGCUGUGGUACUUGUCCUAAAUGCAUCCGUUAGCGGCAUUUUCCCCAAGGCUAAUGGUGCUUUGAGCGAUUUCUCUGUAAACCCGUUGCUUCCUACUGGGAUGUCCUUCAGUAGUGCAAAUGGAACGAUCAGCGGUACGCCCACGGUUGAAUCUGAGGUGAAAGAGUACACAAUUCAUGCUCAUGAUGGAGACAAUGAAUUAACGACCACUCUAAAUAUAUCCGUUGUGGCUCUACCUUGUCCUGCACUUGGUUCGUUUUCUGGAGUGGCUUCAGGCGAGAUAUCUACGAGUACUUCGGCUUGUCCCGAGGACUAUGAGGGAACUUCAACAAGACUGUGCACAAAUGGUGUGUUUGGUCCUCUGAAUACUGAUCAGUGUCAUUUAAUCGCUCCCUCGUCUUUGCAGUAUGCCCCUAGCGAAAUCAAUUGUUUGCGACAUGAAUCAGUUUCACUAGUUCCUACAUGGGAUCAUGUCGUCAGUUCGUGGUCUAUUUCUCCCCAGCUACCUUCAGGGUUGGCUUUAACAGCCAAGGGUUUGAUUGUUGGAGUUGCCGAAGAGGUUCAGGCGGAAACCUUUUACACCGUUACAGCAGAAAAUAGCUAUGGUUCGACUACAGCAACCAUUAAGAUCACAAUCUCCGCAGCGCCUUGCUCUGGACGAAUCGGUCCGUCGGGGAGUUUAGUCACUAUUGAGGAUGGGGAAUACUUCUAUGAGGAAUGCAGUGCCCUUCCUCCAGAAGAUUUUAUGUAUCCUGUCUCUACCUAUACCCUAAAUCAGAAUGAAACAAUUUCCUCUGGAAAGCCUCAUUAUCGUAAUCGUAUCACAUCCUUUGAGAUAAGUCCGUCUCUACCUACUGGAAUUGUUUUCAAUUCAAUGACAGGCGAAAUCACGGGAAGUAGUUCAGAACUUUUGACUGCAACAGAAUUCUUUAUUACGGGAAGAAAUGAAGAUUCUUCAGCAGUGACAUCGAUUAGUUUGUCUAUUCAUCUUCCAUAUUGUCAGAAGACUGCCGAGUUUGAGUCUGUGCCUGUUGGCCAGUCUCAGUCAAUCAACUGCACCAAAUCGGGAUAUUAUGGGAUGGCAAACCGCAAUGGUCUCUUCCCGAUUCGUAUUGUCAGCCAACGCCAAUGUAUACUAUCCUGUAUAUUGUGGCAGCCGUUUUUGUUGUCUGUUUGCUAA